AUGGGUGUGUUUCCUGGAUUUGGUAGUUGGAUCAAUCAGAACACUCAACGCCCUCCUGAGACCGAGUCCGAGAGAUCUGAGAAUGUUGAAUCUAAGUCGGUGUCAGAGAAAGACACUAACAAUCACAUUCCCCCUGCCGUGGCGGAGAGGAAGGUAUAUUAUGAUAAAGAUCAUAUGAUGAAGCAAGGUGAACUUUGGCAUGAAGCAGAGAAGAAACAUCCAUGGCAUGAUGCUCCUCCUAAGGUGACAAUGGAAAAAGGUGUUUGCCAUAUGAACAUAGAAUUGAUAGUGGGAAAUUCUCCUGAUGGUGUAUACUUCACUAUGACUGAUCCGGAAAGCGGUCCAUUCUUCGAUUUUGACAAGAGGCGCAAAAUGAUGGUUUUUUCUUUUCUUCUUCUUAUAUCGAUUUGA